AUGGCCAACUCGCUAUCAAAAGUUUCACGGAUACUUCUUAAAGCCACGUUGUUGGCUCUGAUAGUUAGCGCAGUCCUCGCAAACACAUCCACACAUGCAGCAAUACAAGACCCUGUCGCCCUUGCGCCGCGACAAGACAAUAAUAAUAACAAUAAUGAAAAUAGCAAUACCAGCAACACUAAGACUAGUGCACAGACUACUGCAUCAUCACAAAGUGAAUCAAGUGCUUCUAGCGCCUCCAAAUCAAACUCAGAAUCUAACUCGGCCUCGAACUCGGCCUCGAACUCUGCAUCAGCAUCUAAAUCGGCAUCGGCCUCAAACUCGAACUCGGAAAGCAAGUCAGAAUCAGCAUCAUCCGGCUCAAAGUCAGGCUCAGCUUCAGCUUCAGGUUCUGUUUCCGGAUCUUCUGCAUCAGGCUCAGCUUCAGGUUCCUCAGCAUCAGGCUCUAAAUCAGGCUCUUCUGCAUCGGGCUCUAAAUCAGGUUCCGGGUCCAAGUCUGGCACUGCUUCCAUUAUCGAUGUCACAGCAGCAUCUGUCACCGCAAGUGCUACUGAAAGCAUUAUUGAUGUUGGUUCUAACAGUAAUCUCAAGUCAUCUACUGUAUCUAAAACAUCAUCAUCUGAAUCAUCUACUCAAUCAGAUGACAAAUCCACAAUCACGUCGUCCUCCAAAAAAUCAUCAUCAUCAUCUUCUUACAAUUACGAUGUUUCCACCAGUAUCGAUGCCCGGCUGCCUGCCGGCUAUGUUUCUAUGCUUACUCCAGUAACUACAGAAACAACCUACAUUAAAAUUGGCGAUUAUGCUACUUUUUCCUGGACUUACACAUCUCUCUCUGUCACUCCACGCUACAUCAAUUUCGAGGCUUACUGUUCCUAUAAUUCUGAAACACACACCAUUGCUACUAACCACCCGUCUAUGGAAACAGAGCUUAUUUGGGACACAAAGGGCUACCAGGCAAAUGCAACAAUUGGUCUUCUCACUUCUACCUACAAACUCUACAUUUAUGAUUCUAAGUCAAACACAACAGCAGCUGCAUCGGCAGGUUACCUUGGUGUAUACACUCAAAAAUUUGCCAUGUAUCUUCCAGAACCAUAUACCCCACUUUCAGAAUGGACUUGCGUCAACUGUAAAGACAAUGGUAGCAUCUUGGCUCAAUAUGUUGAUCCUACUGUUGCUAAACUUUUAGGAACUCUUUUACUUAUUUUCAUUGGGUCUUUUAUUCAGACUAUAUUUUUUUAA